AUGGCGGCCCUCUAUCUGGUUUUCCUAUUGGGAAGAGAAGAGAGGGAAGCCCACGUUCUGGAGGACCGGAAGUGCCCGCAGGGAGAAGGACCAGGAGGCUGCUGCUGCUGCUUGCAGCCUGAGCGUCUCUAUAAAGAAAGCCAGGAAAGCACCUAAGCAGGAGUCUUUAAAAAUAGCCAAAAUGUUGCGCAGGCCGCUACUGCAGGUGAUGCGACAGUUUGUGAGACAUGAGUCUGAAUCAACAACGACGACACCAUUAGUUCUUGAAAGAUCACUGAACCGAAUCCAGCUGCUUGGCCGCGUUGGACAGGAUCCUGUCAUGAGGCAAGCAGAAGGGAAAAAUCCAGUCACAAUUUUCAGCCUUGCAACCAAUGAGAUGUGGCGAUCAGGAGAAAGUGAAGUCUUCCAAGGAGGUGACAUCUCACAGAAGACAACAUGGCACCGAAUCUCUGUGUUCAGGCCAGGGCUGAGAGAUGUAGCAUAUCAGUAUGUGAAGAAGGGUGCUCGGAUCUAUGUGGAAGGGAAGAUAGACUAUGGUGAAUACAUGGAUAAGAACAAUGUGAGACGGCAAGCCACAACAAUCAUUGCAGAUAACAUUAUUUUCCUCAGUGACCUUAUUAAAGAAAAAGAAUGAAGUGACCAGCUUUUGUACAAGCUUCAGAUAUACCUUCUUAUUUUUGUAGCAUUUUUCCUAAUUCUGCAAUCAUGUUUCAGCCAAUUGUUUCCUUGCCCUGAUUAAAAAUAAAGUUUUGUACAAAAUCUAAAGGCA